CAAUCUUCUUGUUCAAGAACGUCGCAUCGAACCACCGCCAAAAUGCCUCAGGAGGUCGCUGAUAUCAAGAAGUUCAUCGAGAUCUGCCGUCGGAACGACGCUUCGUCCGCGCGGAUCAAGAAGAGCAAGAAGACCAACAACGUCAAGUUCAAGGUCCGAUGCCAGAAGCACCUCUACACCCUGGUGCUUAAGGACAACGACAAGGCCGAGAAGCUUAAGCAGAGCCUUCCCCCCACCCUCCAACUCACCGACGUCUCCAAGAAGACCAAGAAGUCCGCUUAAGAAGAUGGUUUGAAAAGGGUUGCGCUUUGGGUGUGGGAGGAUUCACAUGCACGAAUGGGCGUCUCGGGAUACCUUGCAUUUCAUGUGCUCUGAAAGGAGGAUACUCGGAUAGAGUCCAAAAAGUAAAAAGAUCGAUUCGAGUCACGACUUCGACCUGGUGCUUUCGCUGUGAUGGUUUGGAUCUGCUAAUUACAGGAGCCCUUGGACCUCGUAACGGUGGACUUGAACGUUGGGAACCUGGACUAGAGGGGAUAGCACAUCCUCUUUCACGUUUUGGGAGAAGACGACUAAAUCUUCCUUUUCGCCCUCUUCAACUUUCCAUCCUCCCCAGACCCUCUGGUUAGGGUUUGUGUUGCCAAUCUGAAGCUCCACGCCGCGGUACAGCUCUUGGAGCUUCUCCUUCUGGUCAGAGCCGACCGAGAUUCUCCAGAUGCUGAAGGAUCCUUGGACAAGGAGGUCGCCUCGAACUUCAUCUUCACUGCCUGCAGCUUUCAUAUGGAAGAGCACAACUCCGUCAGGUCCUUCAGCGAUGAACUCAAGGAGACCUCCCAUGGCAGACUUGUUCACAUCGCUCUGUAUCCAUUCUCCAUGACCCUC